AUCUUGUAUAUUGGGAAAAUUAAAGCUGUUCUUCGAUGCAGAUGUACAGCAGUGGUAAUCCAACUAACAUUGCAAAUCCUGUAAAAGAUGCGAGAGUUCAGCUUGAUAUCAGCAGAAGAGUUGGAGGAAGGUUAACCCUCUACCAAUCUACUCUUUGUGAAAUGAUUCCAUUUAAUCAGCUCAAUGAUGAUUUGAAUCUUGAUCCGCAAGGCUAUCUUUACCCAUACAAUGUAAAUGAUAUCCAACUUAUUUGUUGCCAACCUGAUGCAAGUACUCUGUGGCUGGUUCCGGAUGUGGUUCAGAGAAGAUUCAUUCUGUCUCUUAAAGAGAUGGAUGUUAAAUUUUCUUGGGUUCUUACAAGGGACAGGCCUAAGGGAAAGGAGGUAGUGAAAUAUGAAAGAAGUCUUGCUCCUGCGGAUUGUCCAAAGCCAUCGGAAGUUAAGAAAGUUCUAAAUGGUUCAACCAAUAGCUUCCGCGUGUAUAAUAUAUAUCCAAGAUAUUUUCGUGUGACUGGUUCAGGGGAAGUUAGGCCUAUCGAACAGGAGGAAAAUGAUGUUAGCGCGGAUAUCAUUUUAAAUCGGGGAGUCUCUGAGUGGUGGUCCUUCCAUGAUAUCAACUCGCUGGAUGUAAAAGGCUGUGGAGGGUUGCGAGGGCCUAUGGCCAUAAUUGUAUCAGAGGAAACACCGCAGGGAUUGCUAGGUGAAACUCUCAGCAAAUUCAGUAUAUGGGGUCUCUAUAUCACAUUUGUUUUAGCAGUUGGCCGCUUCAUCAGACUGCAGUGCUCCGACUUGCGAAUGAGAAUCCCAUAUGAAAAUCUUCCUUCAUGUGACAGAUUGAUUGCCAUCUGUGAGGAUAUAUAUGCUGCAAGAGCAGAGGGUGAGCUUGGAGUGGAGGAAGUCCUAUACUGGACACUGGUGAAGAUAUAUAGGUCUCCGCACAUGUUGCUCGAGUAUACUAAGCCUGAUUAGUCCAAGAAGAGUUUGCUCUCAACUGCAGAGUUUGACAACCGAUAUUUGUCCUAACGGAUAUGUAGAAGAGACACUAACCAAUACCAUAGAGUUCAUCUCUUUUCCUCGCAGUCAACAUGACAAACUUCCCAAUGUCUUUUUUUUAGCUUGAAGUUGGGAAGGAUCAUAUGUAUUGAUUCCUCAUGCUGAAACCUCCAAAAAUAGAUGUUAGAAACAUUUGUAAAUAUAGGUCAGGGUGCAAAAUAUAGCAACAAUUUUGUGUAAUAUACUUUUUUGGCAUAGAAAAGGUUCUCAUCUA